CUCUGCUUAACAAGGCGGGAGAAAACCUGGUGGGGUUGUCCGCGGACUUAUCGUUCUGCAAACCGAGCUCCGUACGAGGUGCCGGCGUGCCGCUAUUUACUAGAGUAUAGACCGGCAACAGCAUCAGAAACCCAGAAGCUCAAUCUUCAAAGUCGAUAGCGCUUCGUGUAUUGACCAAAAUAAAGAAAUUCAUCAGACGCCAGGUUAGCCAAUUCAUCGAACACUUGAUAUGCAUUUCUUUUGAGCUGGUUAGCUGUACCCUGUGUUGUUCUCUUUUGAUCACCGCGCUUGAAAUAUCGGCGAAGCAGACAUGGCCCAUUUGCAGAGAUUAAGAAAAAUGUCUGUUCUCGGAUGGGUCUCGUCAAAUACAGUUAAUAGCCAACUCAAAACACCAAAUACUCCAGUGUGGCAAAUUUGGCGAUUCCACAUUGCUCAAAACCCUAGAUUCUAUAGGACGAGAAGAGUUGUUCAAACUGAGACUUUUGAGAAGUCCGAUGCGUGUUCGAGAGAGAAGAUCCCCGCUGCCUUCCUUAAAGAUGCCGAAGCUGCAUUGUUAGAGUACUUGCAUUGUACUAGAAGCCUACCGUUCUUGGAUGCGGAGUAUAUGAGCAAAAAUUCGCCAUUUUUUAUCCAAAAACUUGUGAAAAAGGUUGGAAUGAAGUCAGAUGUUGGGCAGGCGUUUACCCGACACUUGCGUUACCAUCCCAUUAAUGAAUUUGAACCUUUCUUUGAAAGCUUGGGUUUGACACCUUCCGAGUAUUGUCCACUCCUUCCCCGUGAUCGUAUGUUUUUGACAGAUGAUGAUUAUUUGCUAGACAAUUAUCAUGUUUUGCGUGAAUAUGGAAUCGAUGUAAGAAAAAUAGGAAAGAUCUACAAAGAAGCUAAGGAAGUUUUUAAUUAUGGAAGGGGUCUUUUACUUGUGAAGCUUCAAGCUUAUGAAGAACUGGGGCUUAGUAAUUCAUCGGUCGCUAAAUUUAUUAUUUCUAGUCCAAAUCUUUUGGUCGGGGAUGUAAGCUCAGAUUUUGUUGAUGUGCUGAAGAUAUUGGAGAGAGGAGGAAUUCAACUCUCAUGGAUUGAGGAGCAUUUGUCCGUGCAUCAUUGUUAUGACUGGAGCCGGAUGCUUGGGCUUCUACGCUUAUUUUGCAAGACUGGAUAUUCUGAGGAGCAGCUAGGUGCUUUAAUAACCCAGUCCCCAGAACUUCUCUUUGAGGAUUCAGGGUAUAAGACACUUUCCUUAAUUGGGUUCCUAGUGAAAUUUGGAUCUCAAUUGAAGGAUAUAUGUUCACUUUUUCCUCAGUUUCCUCAAAUCCAAGUCGGGAAAUUUUUUUCAAAUAUGAGGCAAUGCUUUCUGUUUCUCAAUGAAAUUGAGAUGGAGGUGAAUGAGAUAGGGAAACUUGUUCGUUCGUACCCCUUUUUGUUGGGAUCAUGUACUUUAAAGAAAACUAGCAGCUUGCUUUCUAACUUAAAUACUGGGAAGAAGCGACUUUGUAAGUUAGUCCAAGAGAAUCCUCAGGAACUGAGGAACUUGGUUUUGGGGUCAAAAAUUGUGCGAUUGCCAUAUUCAGGAGAGGACGAAAGAUCACGAGUACUGAAGACUAAGUUCUUGUUGGAUUUGGGAUUUGUCGAGGAGUCCAAUGAAAUGAAAAGAGCACUCAAGGCUUUUCGAGGUAAAGGAGGAGAGCUACAGGAGAGAUUUGAUUGUAUAGUAAAAGCAGGUAUAGAUAAGAAGGAUGUUUAUGAGAUGAUCAAAGGAUCCCCACAAAUACUCAACCAGUCGAAGGAAGUGAUUGAAACAAAAAUAAGUUUUCUUGUGAAUGAUUCGGGUUAUCCUAUAUCGACUCUUAAAAUAUUUCCCUCAUUUCUCAAUUAUACGACACAAAGGGUCAAGCUUAGGUUAUCAAUGUAUAACUGGCUCAAAGAACAAGGAGGUACAGAACCUAAGCUUGCCUUGAGCUCAGUUGUUGCGUGCUCAGAUAAAAUUUUUGUUAGCCAGUAUGUGCAUCGCCAUCCCACAGGACCUCAAGUUUGGCAGGAUUUGAAGAAACAAAUUUAUUCUGAAUGAAGGAUUGUUGCCUAUACUCUGUAUUUGCAGGCUCCGGCGAGUGAAAAUUAAUGGCAAAGCUGGUCUUGAUUCAUUUAUCCUAUCUGCAGAGAGACCUUUGAAAGAUAAUCUGUUGCGCAUGGUGGAUUGAAUUGAAGCUACAUUUUGCCUCCGUUGGCACGCAAACAAGUAUGUGGAAUCAGGCAGAUAUAGUUUCAAACUUGUUUCGUGUAUUGGAUCACCAUGACAUGUUUCUAGCAGCAUGAGAUCCUGUAUUUAUCCUCUCUCUCUUUUUUUUCCCUUUUAAAUUAUUUUACUAAUGUUUUUUUUUUUAUAAACCUGGUUCUAUGGAUUUCUUCAUUCCCCAUUCUUAUGUUUUCCAGAUUAAAGUGAAUCUGCAAUCUUGUUAAGCAUUAACCAUUGGCUGAUUCCCGAAGUGGGAUUGAGGUUAAAGGUGAAAGUUGGAGUAUGCUUUCAUUU